CCAACCUUGUAUGUGUUCAGCUGGUCAUGGAGUUCUGUGGAGCCGGCUCAGUGACGGACUUGAUCAAGAACACCAAAGGCAACUCUCUGAAAGAGGAGUGGACUGCUUACAUCUGCCGAGAGAUUCUCAGGGGUCUGACUCAUCUCCAUCAGCACAAGGUGAUCCACCGAGACAUCAAGGGACAGAACGUCCUUCUGACGGAGAACGCCGAGGUCAAACUAGUGGACUUUGGUGUUUCAGCCCAGUUGGACAGAACAGUAGGAAGGAGGAACACGUUUAUCGGGACGCCAUAUUGGAUGGCACCAGAGGUCAUCGCCUGUGACGAGAACCCUGAGGCCACAUACGACUUCAAGAGUGAUCUAUGGUCGCUGGGAAUCACAGCGAUAGAGAUGGCUGAAGGAGCACCACCGCUGUGUGACAUGCACCCAAUGAGAGCCCUCUUCCUGAUCCCGCGCAACCCCCCACCCAGACUCAAGUCCAAGAAGUGGUCAAAGAAGUUCCAGUCGUUCAUAGAGAGCUGUCUGGUGAAGAGCCACAGCCAGAGACAGAGCACAGAGCAGCUCCUCAAACACCCUUUCAUCAGAGACCUGCCCAACGAGAGGCAGAUCCGCAUCCAGCUGAAGGACCACAUCGACCGCACCAAGAAGAAGAGAGGAGAGAGAGAUGAGACCGAGUAUGAGUACAGUGGCAGUGAAGAGGAGGAUGAAGAAAGAGAAAUGGGUGAACCAAGCUCCAUCAUCAACGUCCCCGGAGAGUCGACCCUGAGGCGGGACUUCCUGCGCCUCCAGGUGGCCAACAAGGAGCGCUCGGAAGCACAGCGGCGGCAGCAGCUGGAGCAACUGCAGAAUGAGGAGCACAAGCGCUUACUGUUGGCUGAGAGACAGAAACGCAUCGAGGAACAGAAGGAGCAGAGGAGAAGGCUGGAGGAGCAGCAGCAGCGAGAGCGUGAGCUGCGGAAACAGCACGAGAGGGAACAGAGGAGGCGCUACGAGGAAAUGGAGCAGCUCCGCAGAGAGGAGGAGAGGAGGCAUGCAGAGAGAGAACAGGAGUAUAUCCGUAGACAGCUGGAAGAGGAACAGAGGCAGUUAGAGAUUCUCCAGCAGCAGCUACUGCAGGAACAGGCAUUACUGAUGGAGUACAAACGUAAGCAGAUAGAGGAGCAGCGGCAGGCGGAGAGGCUCCAGAGGCAGCUCCAGCAGGAGAGAGCCUACCUGGUGUCUCUACAGCAGCAGCAACAGCAGCAGCAGCAGGAGGGAAGGCAAGCAGAGAAGAAACCGCUCUACCACUACAAAGAUAUUAUCAAUCCUAAUGACAAGCCUGCCUGGGCUAAAGAGGUUCUGAAGCAGCAGCAUGUUCAGGGUAACCCGCCCCGCUCCCAACUACGACAUCACCAGUCAUUCAACCAACCGGCUUCAUCCCCUGGCUCAAGAGGAGCUCAGGCCCCUAGGCGAACCCCGUCCCAUGGUGCCCAGCUCCUCCACUCCCAGCUCCCCCAUAUCCGUAUUUCACUAGACGGCGUAGAACCCCUAGAUCCGGGGCUCAAGCAGGAGAUAAGUCAGCAGGUCAGAGAGCUUAGAGCUCAGAAACUCCGUCAGAGGGGCCGCAGCCCGGUGCCUGUCCAGAAACACAGCCAGGCUCCUGGCCAAGGGCCCAGUAAGGGACCUAGUAAGAGUCAUAAAAAGCAUUCUAGUCAAGGGCCAGUCAGCCAGUCUAAUCCAGUAGCCAACCCUUAUCCUCUGGGGCCUAGCAAUCAAAAAGAGAAGCCUAAAGACCGGCAUCUCUCGGCCCCCAGUCAGGCAGCCAUCCAGGGGCUAAUGUCUCCGGGACUUCAACCUGAUCCUCAGUCCCCAGGACAGGUCCAGAGACCCAAGUCAGGAUCUAACCCCGUUUCCAUCCCUGCGCUCAAACCGGUGGAGGAGCGAUCUAAGAUGAACAGACAGAGCUCCCCAGCGCUGCAGCACAAAGUGUCCAACCGCAUCUCCGACCCCUCCCUCCCUCCCCGCUCCGAGUCCUUCAGCAACGUGGGCAUGCAGCCCGCCCGCACCCCUCCCAUCCACCGCUCCAUCGAACCACAGAUGGCUCACCUGGUUCCAGUGAAGACCCACUCCGGCUCCAUGUCCGGCUCUCAGUCUCUGCAGGACCAGACGGGCUCAGCUCUGAGUGAGGGCGUCAGCGCGGGCUCCCCCAGGCCCGAGAUGCCCCGCCAGAACUCAGACCCCACUUCUGACACCCCCGGACCCCCGCUGCGCGUCACAGGCAGGGAGGAACGGGAACGGGACAGAGACAGGGAUCGGGACAGGACCGCCUGGCUGAGAGAGGAGGACAUCCCACCCAAGGUCCCACAGAGGACCAUUUCCAUCUCCCCAGCCUUGGUCAGGAAGAACUCCCCUAAUGGAGGAGCGGUUCUGGGCCCUCGCACAGGAUCUCAACUCAUACGGGCCAGUAACCCAGAUCUGCGGCGCUCAGAGCUCUCUCUGGACGCCAUGCUGCAAAGAACUUCCUCCAACUCGUCAUCCUCCUCCUCCCCUUCGUCUCAGGGAGGCUCAGCCGAGAGGAGAGGUCAAGCCAAGCAGGAAGGAUCCCCUCCAGGAGCCAAUCAGGAGGCAACGCCCAAACAGGAGGAGGGUCGUGAAUCAGCCAGACCCAGCAGACCUGCAAGCUAUAAGAAAGCCAUAGAUGAGGACCUAAGUGCAUUGGCCAAGGAACUCCGAGAAUUGAGGGUCGAGGAGGGCAGCAGACCUCCAGUCAAGGUGACGGACUAUUCGUCCUCUAGUGAAGAUUCAGAGAGCAGCGAUGAGGACGGGGAGACAGUGGGGCAUGAUGGGACUGUUGCUGUUAGCGACAUCCCCCGCAUCAUGCCAGCAGUGCAGAGCAGCGGUGAGUCGUAUGGAGGGCUGACAGAGGACUCUCUGGGAGAUGCCUAUAAUAGCUCCAAGGACAGCACUCUCGUGAUGAGAGAGGUGAUGAAUGCAGAGGAGAGGAGGAGAGGUGGCCACACUGAGAGUAAUGGUUUCGGGAAUCACAGUAACCAUGGUAACCUCCCUGACCUGGUGCAGCAGAGCAACUCUCCCUCGGCCACACCCACCUCAGCCCUGCAGGAACUGGGCGACAUGGCUGAGUUUGGUCUGGGCGGAUCCAAAGCGUCCUUCACCCCAUUUGUUGACCCACGUGUCUAUCAAACCUCCCCAAGUGAAAACGACGACGACGACAACUCCGCGGAAGCCAUGUUUGCUAAUGAGCUGCUGAGGCAGGAGCAGGCCAGACUGAACGAAGCCAGAAAGAUCUCUGUGGUCAACGUCAACCCGACCAACAUCAGACCCCACAGCGACACCCCAGAGAUCCGCAAAUACAAGAAACGCUUCAACUCUGAGAUCCUGUGUGCUGCACUCUGGGGUGUGAACCUGCUGGUGGGGACAGAGAAUGGUCUUAUGCUGCUUGACCGAAGCGGACAGGGAAAAGUCUAUAACCUGAUCACCAGGCGGCGCUUCCUACAGAUGGACGUGCUUGAGGGGCUCAAUGUGCUAGUCACCAUAUCUGGGAAAAAGAAUAAGUUGCGUGUCUACUAUUUGUCCUGGCUGAGGAACAGAAUAUUACACAACGACCCAGAAGUAGAGAAGAAACAGGGUUGGAUUACAGUUGGGGAACUGGAGGGCUGUGUGCAUUAUAAAGUUGUCAAAUAUGAGAGGAUUAAGUUCCUGGUGAUUGCUCUGAAGAACUCUGUGGAAAUCUAUGCCUGGGCUCCCAAACCCUACCACAAGUUCAUGGCCUUUAAGUCAUUCACAGAGUUGCAGCAUCGUCCCCAGCUGGUUGACCUGACGGUAGAGGAAGGUCAGAGGUUAAAGGUCAUCUAUGGCUCCAGCGUUGGCUUCCAUGUCAUCGACGUGGACUCGGGCAACCCUUACGACAUCUAUAUCCCCUCGCAUUGUGCCAAACAGAUGAAGAUCCAGAGCCAGGUGACGCCCCAUGCCAUCGUGGUGCUCCCUAAGACUGAUGGGAUGGAGAUGCUGCUGUGUUACGAGGACGAGGGCGUCUACGUCAACACAUACGGGCGAAUCACCAAGGACGUGGUGCUACAGUGGGGAGAGAUGCCUACCUCUGUUGCCUAUAUCCACUCUAAUCAGAUUAUGGGCUGGGGUGAGAAAGCCAUAGAGAUCCGCUCUGUGGAGACAGGUCAUCUGGAUGGAGUCUUUAUGCAUAAGAGAGCCCAGAGACUCAAAUUCCUUUGUGAGCGGAAUGACAAGGUAUUCUUUGCAUCGGUGCGUUCAGGAGGUAGCAGCCAAGUUUUCUUCAUGACCCUCAACAGAAACUCUAUGAUGAACUGGUGAUGGCUCUUCCCACUGUCCACUCUGCCUCGCUCUCCCAUUGGCCUGCCCGGCGACUGACCUUGGUCUACGGCACAUCUGACAAACAAUCCAGAUUGACCGAGAGACCACAAGUGAACUCUUUUAAUACAGGAGAGACUAAAAACGUGUAGAGAAAAGAAAAGAAAAAAAGCUAUCGUAGAGAAAAAAACAACAAAGACCUGUUCUGAAUGAAGAGACAUUUUACCCUAGAUUAUGUCGGGUCACGAAGAAGCCAUCGUUACUCAACUGACUGGCAAACUGGUGCCACUGACUUUCCAAAUAUUCUCUUCCUCUGUCCCUGUCUGUAACUGUUCUCCCGCUCUGUUUGUCUCCUCUCUCCUAACAGCCCAGUGCAUUCAAGUGUUCAACAGCUGUAGUAAUACACUUUACACCCGUCUCCUUCUGUCGCUCCUCUUCUUCCCUUUGACGUGCCCCCCUCCUUCUUAAUCCUUGACUCCUUCCGUCUUUCCUGGUAGAUCUAGUCAUCACUUUUUCAAUCCUUUGACACCCAUGUUCUCUAUUUUCCUCACUUCCUAUCUGCCGUGUGUGGGCUCAUUCCCGGAGAGCUUACACCGCAGAGGUCGGAGGAAUAGAAGAAUAGGAUUCAAUAUAAAUUCAAAUACAUACUUCUGAAUAUGAGGGCACCUGAGGGAUGACAAAUUUGCUCUGGAUGUCGGCGGUGAAAGCAGACAGCCUGAUUGAUUUUCUUUCUCCUCUGUCACUCCCCUGCUCCUCCACUUCCUCUUCUAAUCUAACCGUCUUUUCGGGUCGCUGAGUAAACUGAACUGUGAUUUAGUGUUCGAUCGCAUUUCGCUGAUAGAGAUGCGGUGAGACAAUCUGCUGUCAUAGUCGGGUUGUCACAGUAUGCAAAGAUGAUGUCUGUGUCGUCCCUUUAAAAUAAAGUCACUAGUUCAUCCUC